CUCAUCAAUAUGUCGAUGGAUUUGGAUGCCCCCGUCUAUUUCACGCAGCAGGAGAAAGUCGCAGCCACAAUUCUUUGCUGCAACUGUGGCGCUGCUAUUGAUGGAACACUCUCAGCCGGAGCCCUAUGUUCGGAUUGUAUUCGUCUUACUGUCGAUGUUGCCGGAGGUGUGCAACGAGAGGCGGUGAUUCACUGCUGUAGGGAUUGCGAACGGUGGCUACAGCCCCCCAACAGCUGGGUUGUCGCAGCUCUCGAGUCGAAGGAACUACUCGCCAUUUGCCUACGCAAGCUCCGUGGUCUGAACAAAGUCCGAAUCAUUGACGCCAGCUUCAUUUGGACCGAACCUCAUUCGAAGAGAUUGAGGCUGAAGAUCACCAUACAAACGGAGGCCUUCCAAGGCACUAUCGUGCAACAGCAAUUUGAGGUUGAAUUUGUUGUUGCCAAUCAGCAGUGUUCUGGCUGCGCCAAAUCUUAUACGCAUCAUAGCUGGCAAGCAUCUAUCCAAAUCAGACAGAAGGUCCCUCACAAGCGGACAUUUAUGUACCUGGAACAGCUUAUCCUCAAGCAUAAUGCCCACAAGGAUACUGUCAACAUCAAGGAAUCGAACGAAGGUCUUGAUUUCUUCUUCGCAAAGAGAAAUGAAGCCGAGCGUAUGCUUUCAUUCUUAGAAUCCGUGGUUCCCAUGCGUUCCAAGAAGAGCCAUGAACUAAUUUCAAUGGAUAUUCAUACGUCGACUUCUUCGUAUAAGUUCUCGUAUUCGUGCGAAAUUAUCCCUAUCUGCAAGGAUGAUCUCGUUGCUCUGCCGAUUAAGCUGGCCCGCUCAUUGUCUGAUAUAAGUCCGCUCGCUAUCUGUUAUCGGGUAGGCACGUCUAUCAAUCUUAUGGACCCUUGCACCCUACGAACAACCGACCUUCCUGCUAGCACUUACUGGCGCCAGCCAUUCCCGAACCUUGCAGAUACCACCGAGCUUAGGGAAUUCAUUGUCUUGGAUAUUGAAUCUACCGGCCACUCUAAUGGUCGGUACCUCCUUUCUGAGGCCACAGUUGCUCGUGCUUCAGAUCUAGGAUCUAACGAUACCACCUAUUUCACACGGACUCAUCUCGGUGGUGUUCUACACGUGGGUGAUUCUGUUCUCGGAUACCACUUGUCGGGAACCCAGUUCAACAACGAUCAACUCGAGGCAAUUGAGAAUAGCCACCAGUACAGCUCAACGGUUCCGGAUGUGGUCCUUAUCAAGAAGCACUACGUCCGCAGCAAGAAGUCCAAGGCCCGCAGCUGGCGUUUGAAGCGUAUGGCUCGCGAGCAUGAAGAGGAGGCCACUGCUGCUACAGUCAAUGUCCCCACAAACAAGCGCCAGGAGCAGGAGCAGGCUAGGAUGGAACAUGAUUACGAAAUGUUCUUACGUGACGUGGAGGAGGAUCAGGAACUGCGUCAAACACUCGAUCUGUACAAGAACCGUCAAUACCAGGUCAGGGCCGACCAGAUAGAUGAGGAUGGCGAUGAUGACAUGGACGAGGAUGAACACGCUGUGCCGAAAAUCAACAUGGAUGAGCUGCUUGAUGACUUUGAUGAGUUGAACAUGGAGGACAAUUAG